UAAUCGAUUACGAUGUUGCCUUUCUAGUAUUUAAAAUUGAUGGUAACGGCAGAAAAUGUCGAAAGCAUACAAAGUUUCUACCGGCUAUUGCCAAAAAUAUACAAAAAAGUGGGAAAGUGAAGAUGAACUUAAAGCUUGGAUCGCACCUGAUCCCGCUGGACGAUCGGAUUCGGCGUUCUGUAAAUAUUGUCGCACAACACUAUCAGCUCAUAAAAAGGGUUUGGUUCAACAUUCUAGAAGCAAGAAACACGAGAAUGCGGUACUAAAAGACAAAUCAGCUCUUCAAAGUAAAAAGUUGGAUUCCACUUUUAAACCCACAGUGACUGAUAAUAUAAAAAUUGCUGAAUUAAAAAUAGCUGCAUUUAUAAAUGGAUUUUUCUAUGCGCUAAUCAAAUGUGUUUUUUAG